CCAUAACUUCUCAUAUGCUUAUUACGUUGCUGUUUUGACACGCCACUUCUCGAAAAUUUAGUGACCACGGAGCUGGUAUAAACAUUUUGGAUAAACAUAUUCUACGUGCAUUUAGUUGUAUAUAGAAUGAGGGCAUACAGGUUAGAACGGAGUGUCUGGUGAAACAAUGAGUCACAUCAGACACAAAAAUGCAGCGUUAUUACACGAAAAAGGGUUUAUAUAUGUUAGGCAACUACAGGAAACACACGUCAGUAUACAUGCAGGUUAAAUACGCGUUCCGCAGUUGGGCGGUCAUUCAGUGAUAUUCAAAGUUGUAAAGUAUUUAGCUUAUCCUUGCAACGAUAUUGGAAAAAAAUAUUGGUAAUUAGAGUAUCCGUACAUUAUUGAAAUUAACGAAUGUCAACUAAUCUGGUGACUGCCCUUCCUGAGCAAAAUAUGAGUCUGUUUGAAGUGUCAAUGUCGACUAAUACUAACUCGACCUACGAACCUCCUUUUGAUAGCAUUGGAAUCGCCAUAUCUGCGGUCAUCAUAUUUACUUUCCUUGUCCUCGGCGUGGUGGGAAACUCACUCACGCUAGCUGUUAUCCUUACAUACAAGGAGUUGAACAAUAACUUGUUCAUGCGCUUCAUUUUUUCCUUGUGUAUAUCUGAUCUGCUCUCGGCUCUGAUUAGCUGGCUCUUCCUGUAUAGGAGAACAUGGGGGUUCGAUGUUUGGGACCCGAUACCUGCAGUAUUUUGCAAGUUCUACUGGGCGACGGACAUUAUGACCUCAUAUGCAACCGCUCUGCACGUGUUGUCAUUUGCAAUUGUCCGUUUCAUAUCAGUUCAAUAUCCAGUGCAAUACAACAAAAUGAAAUUGAUACACGCAAACAUUUGGAUCGUUGGAAUCUGGGUUGCUUGCAUCAUAAGCGGCUUCAUACCUUCCAUGUUUAUAUUCGGUGCUAAAGCCCGAGACAGGGAAAGCAGUUCUCCGGAUUCCAGAUGGCCAUCUUGUACAGCAAACCUAGCUGAUCUUGACAAGUACAUACUGUAUCAAAAAGUUGCUUAUCCACUGUUCCUGUACAUCCCCACUAUCGGAGUAGUGAUCACCUGCAUACUAAUAGCGGUCACUCUGAAGAAAAGGUCAGGAAGCGCCAAUUUAAACAAAAAGGAAGAACGAAGAUUGAGAAAGGAACGACAAGCCGUUCUUCAAUUAAUUCUCAUCAUAAUUUCUUUUCUUCUGGGAUACAUUCCUUUUACAGCUUACGAAUUCUGGGGAGCCAACACUCACCCUCGGGAAAGGUAUUACUUCCUGGUCGACAAUUGGUUUGGUAUGAUAGAAUACUUCUGUCUGAGAUUUUCUGAAUGCCUCAACCCUGUGUUCUACAAUCUCGGAUCUACGAAGAUGCGGACAUACACCAAAAUGUUCCUGAAGAAGAAAGUCUUCUGCUGUAUUGAAUGGCAACCGACAACACCUAUGUCUCCGACUUCAAACACAAGGGGGAAUAAGUCUGGUGUUAACACGAUCGCGAAUAGCGUGGAUGCAACCCUUGAAAAUACCAACCAUCAUAAUGUUUAAGUGUAAUAUUCUCUUGCCUUGACCCAAACACUGCACUGAAAGUACUUACCCCAUCUCAUACUACGCUCGGCCCCCUAAAACCGUGUAGAUUCAACAGUAAAGUCGCCCUUUAACAAUUUGAAUGCACCAACGAAUAUUGUUCAUCAUGUCAGCCCACAUUUACUGUACACUACACGACUUCUAUAACAUUGCCGCUGUUAAAACUUAUGUUUGUUGCUGUCUGCUGACCACUGUGCAUUAAAGUUGCCCCGUAAGCCUCAAAGACAUGAGGUUUGUUUUUAGUUCUGUAAAACCUAAUGAAAAUACAUACGUAUACACGAAUGAUGCCUAGCUAUAUACAUUUGUUACAGUUCAUCUACUUCAUCGUACAACUGUCCAAUAGGACAGUCUUUUAAAUACAAUUAUAUUUUCAAUCGUGUACAAUUUGUAAACCGGAUUGAAACUGCUUAACGCAAAAUAGGGUUGAAAAAAAAAACAUGGCUUAUCUUAUCCUAACCUAACAUACCUGCCACACAAAAGCCAGCCUACAUUGGUUUUAUGAAACUCCUAGGUUUACCUUUCACUACAGAGGAGUCCCGUUUAUUCUUUCCAGUAUAUCAACCUAACUUGAAAUCAAAUUAUAUUACUGGGUUCUUUAUUUUACCAUUGGACGACGAUGCCAUG